AUGUCCGGCGCGUUCCAGGCGUACGAGCGCGUCGUCGCGUGCGCCCGCGGCGGCGGUCUGCGCUGGGACGAGAUCGCGUUCGUCGCGCGCGGGUCGGGCGAGCGCGCGCGCGUCCCGGCGCGCGACGACGUCGAGGCGACGAUCGACGCGACGUGGGCGCGCCGCGGCGCGACGGUGUACGACGCGGCGAAGUUUCGAUUCGCGAGCGCGACGACGCGCGACGCCGACGCGACGGACGGCGCGAUCGCGCGCGUCGAGUGCGGGCUGACGGAUUACAAGACGCUGCAGGGGACGAAUUUGGCGGCGAACUGGGACGCGUUCGCGGCGACGAAGACGAGCGACGACGCGACGACGCGGACGACGUCUGGGUGCGGACGAGCGAGCGCGGCGAUUGGAACGGCGGCGCGGUUCGCGCACUACGGCAUGGCGCUGGGGAAUUGCGUGUGCCUGCGGGCGAGCGAUGGGAAAUUUUUGGCGUUGCGUCGAUCGCGAGACGUCGGCGAGGCGCCGGGGGCGUUGGUGUUUCCGGGAGGACACCCCGAGCCGAAGGACGUCGGCUUCGACGGCGACACCGACGCGAUGGAUGUGUCGAGGUACAUGUUCGAGAGCGCGCUGUCGGAACUUCGCGAAGAACUCGGGGUGGACGAGGAGCGCGUGCGGCGUCUGCGAUGUCUCGGCGUGACGCUUCGCGUCGUCAACGCGAGGCCGUGCGUCGUGUUUUACGCUCGAACGGCGUUAUCGUCGGACGAAAUACUGCGGGAUUUUUAUCCGAACGCAGAGCACGCGUUCGAGAGCACGCGCGCCGUGGCGCUCGCGAUCGAUGAGUUUGAUCGUUCCGCUAUGCCGGGCGACCACGUCGGCGCGCUCGAUUUCGUCGCCGUCGCGCUCGCGCACGACGACGGCGCCGUCGCGCUCGCCGACGACGACCCGCCCUGGCGCCGUAGUUCAUAG